AUGAUUUCGAUCAAUUUAUCCGAUCAAUCUUCUGAGCACAACGACGAAAACAGCAACAGUUUCAAAAAUAUUUGCCAAAAAUUUAACAGUUUGCUAGGACGUCGUUAUUUUAAUUAUUGUGAAGUAAAUACAGGUAAAGUUUCUGCCACCCAAGGAAGUAUGUCAGCUUCGGACGAUAAUAAUUAUAUCACACCAGUUUCAUCCAUGGGCGAUCUAAUGGCUUUAUCGCCUAAGAAAACAGCUGAGGUACUGGAACAAUCUGAUUUGACUAAUGAUCUGCUCACUGGUUCUGAAUUUGAUAGUAUUUGUGAUGUUACUAUGCAAGAAGUUCCUAUAAAUGAUGACAUGUUUAUUGAUGCAAGUAGUUUAGAUUAUUUAGUGAAAUGUGCUGAAUCAAAUCGCAAUCACAACAUAAUCGACAGAGGCAAGGAAAGUCUAUUUGUGAAAUUCGAUCCACUAUAUGCUAAAAAAAUUAAGGAGAGUGUGAGUUUUACUAAUACCGACUCACUAACAGAUUCAACAGAAGGUGAUGUGGGAUAUGAAACUGGUAGUGCUGCAUCAGGGAUUACUGAAAGUCAUAUUGCUUCCCCUAAACAUUCCAUGUCAGUUGGGUGCCUGCAAUCUACAAAUAUGAGAGAAAAACCUAUGCAGGUUGUCCCACCAGUAGUAAGUUAUGACCAACCUAAAUGUAGUUCGUCACAAACAAGAGCAACUCCAGCCCUUAUUCGCAGUGUAUCUGCUAUAUUGACGCCUUCAGAAGUAGCCACAGACAGACUAAUUAGUAUUGCUGGGAGCACUCCACCAACAGCUGCUCCACGUAGCCCUCGUUAUCACAACUUCAGCAUGCAAGAAAUGGACCGAUUGCAGUCUUUAAGAGUGAUUCUUCAAAAACAAGACCAGGAAGUCCUUUUGCUUAGACAAGAAAAUAGGGAAUUGAGGUCAGUAUUACAAGAUAUGGAACACCGACAUUCUCGUACUGUUGAAGACUUUGAAUCCAAAGUAAGAAAACUAACAGAUGAAAGAGAUAUCUUAUCACUAAGGGAAAAUAAACUCAUUCAGCAAGUGAAUGAAAAAAACUUAAACAAUAAACAAAUGAGCAUUGUUAUGGAAGAAUAUGAAAAAACUAUAUCUUCUCUAAUUGGUGAACAGCAAAAAGAUAAAACUCAUUAUCAAGAGACCUUUGACAAGUUAGUGUCGGAGAGGGACCAGGCAGUGAAUCACUUAGCUAGUAUGGAAAGUUCAUUUAAUGAUUUGUUAAGUAAAUAUGAAAAAUGUAAAAGUAUUAUUUUCGAAGUAAAAGAAAGGGAAAAAGUCUUUGAACAGAAAAUAUCAGAGUAUGAAGAAGGCAUGAAAAAGUAUGAAAAUUUAUACAAUAGUAUCAAACAAGUCACAUCAGAAAAAUUAGCAAAAGCAAAUGAAAUAUUGGAAAAUGACAAAAGAAGUCAUAAUGUGGAGAUGACUAAAUUGAAUGCCAUUAUAAAAAAGCAUGAAAUAACAAUUGCUUCCCUCCAGGAAUCGCUUGCGCAAAAGACAAGGGACAAUGAAGAAUUGACUAGAAUCUGUGAUCAGCUGAUUAAUGAAGUUCGUUGA